GCCCAGUCCCACACGAAGAUGAACCCAGCGAGUGGUGGCAGCAGCACUGCAGCAGUAGCCCGAUCACGAUGGCCUUACUUCCUAAGCCCACGGCCGGCGCGACGUUCCUGCGGGCGACCCUCCUCCUCUCGCCGACUACCCAGCGCCUCCCUUCCCGCCUCUCCUUCUUCGCCUCCUCCCGCCGGCGUUCCGACGACUCCACCUCCACCGCUCGGUACCGGCACGGGCCGCAUCAAUGGUCGGGUCUUGAUGAUUGGAGGGAAGCGCCCAUCAACGGCCUCAGGGUGUGGGGGGCCAAGGGUCCCGAAUCCUCCUUGUCUUCGUCCUCCUCGUCCUUCUCUCUUCCUCCGCACCGCCAAACUCUCGAAUCCCAGUCAUUAUCUUCUCUGGCAGAAUGGGGACGCCUGAUCCUCUCCACCAGCGAUCCCGCGGCCAAAGCGGCGUAUACCCACAUCGCGUACACUAAGUGGGUCAGCGACGAGCUUUCUCUUGGCGCUGCCGAGCCGCCGGAUUGUCCCGCUCGUCCUGAAAAACCUCUGUUGGUCUCACACAAGGAAAUACCUUCUCCCAAAGAAUCUGGCUUGCCACUUAAUGCAUAUAUGCUGCAUAAUCUUGCACACGUAGAGCUGAAUGCUAUCGAUCUGGCAUGGGAUACCGUAGUCAGGUUCUCUUCGUUGUUUGAUGUACUUGGUUCUCAAUUUUUCUCUGAUUUUGCCCAUGUUGCUGAUGAUGAGAGUCGUCACUUUUCUUGGUGCUCUCAAAGGCUCGAAGAGCUUGGCUUUAGCUAUGGGGAUAUGUUUGCUCAUAAUCUGCUUUGGAGGGAGUGUGCUAGAACAUCUGGGAAUGUUGCAGCACGUUUGGCAGUUAUUCCACUUGUUCAGGAGGCCAGGGGGCUUGAUGCUGGGCCUAGACUUGUCAAAAGAUUGGUAGGAUUUGGGGAUAACAGGACAUCAAGCAUUGUAGCGAAGAUCUCUGAGGAGGAAGUUGCACAUGUUGCAGUUGGGAUGUUUUGGUUCCUGAGAGUGUGUGAGAAAUUGGGCCGUAUGCCUGACAUCAGUUUCAAGGACAUAUUAAAGGAGUUCAAUGUAGAACUGAAAGGCCCAUUCAAUCAUGUGGCACGUCAAGAAGCUGGUAUUCCUCGUGACUGGUACGAGGAGGCAUCAUUGGCAAGUGAAAAAAACAAAAGCGACCUUGCUGAGGUCUACAACAGAUUGGAAUGCAUCAUUUCCAUGGAGAAAGAGAAUUCUGUUCUCAGUGAUUCUUCUAAUGAAAGAUGACCAUCAGUGGUUGAUUUGCAUCUUUGAAAAAGAUCAGCAAAAGUGCCGAGCUUCAUGUAUUAUAUCCAUGCUGAAUGCCACGUCAUUGAUUGCCAUAGCAGUCAGCGCCUCUCUUCUUUUGUACAGAAAACAGUUGCUUCUAUUGUAUAUUAUUCUUCAUUCCCUUAAGGUAUUUCACAGAAGUUUGUCAUAAUGUCAGAAUUUGUUAUGUUGAA